UUGUUGUCUAUUUCUUCCACCAACCUCGACUUCCUGUCUCACCAAGGUUACCCUCACGGCUCGCUCGAUCAUGGUCUCCUUCUAUUAAAACCGAUCUCGUUUUUCCAGCGAAGCCCGGCAUUAUGAUGAUAGUGGUCCGAUCCAUUGGUAAGGUCCAUGCCGCCGGCAUCGGCCGUAUCUCGCCUUCCUUGCUCCCUGUCCGGUCUCCCCUUGUGGCUUCCACCCAAAUCGCGAAUCUCACUUCGCCGACUUUGCAUCGACAAGAAGAGCAGAAGGUCAAACCGUGGCCGUACAAGGAAAGGGUCUACAACCAGUUCUGGCAGUUCUUCGACCAUACCUCCAAAAGAUUCACCGACAACAGCCGCAUCAUUGUGGUCGAUGGCAAUAUUGCUAGCGGCAAAACAGAAUUUGCAAAGCAAGUUGCUGAAAGCUUUGACCUUCAUUACAUGCCUGAUAUUCAUCCCGAUGAAGUGUGGUUCCGAGACAAUGGUUUUGACAUGAGAGAACUUGAUGAUCAGUUUACACAACCUGCCAAUGUGUCGUACGACCUCAAGAAGUUCUUAAGCGAUCCUGACCCCAAGAAGAGCCUGAAGUUAGGGAGGCCCCAAAUGCUUCUGUACCAACUGCGGUUCUUCAAUUACGUAUCUGCAUUGGAACAUCUCCUGAACACAGGUCAAGGUGUUGUAAUGGAAAGGAGUGUUUACAGUGACAUGGUGUUUGCGGAAGUUUUUACCCAGCUUGGUUAUAUGAGACCACAAGCCCUCCAGUAUUACACCAACAUGCUACGUAAAUACACUAUUUGUGACUUGUGGAAACCACAUCUCUUUAUCUACCUGGAUGCCCCGAUUCCCUAUCUCAGGGAAAGGAUCAACAAACGAAGAAUACCUUACGAAGUAAACAGUCCGGUUCUCACAGACGACUUCUUAAGAAGAAUCGACAAAGUCUAUAAGGAAAAGCUCUUUCCUUCUAUGAAGGACCAUUCGGAAAUAUUAACCUAUGAUGUGUCCAAUUUACCGGACUGGGAAAUUAUUGUUGAAGAAUUAGAAGAACUGAAUUUACACAAAGAUGAGGAGAAUCCAGAAAAGUUCAAAGUUUGGCGCCAGAAACAUGAAGAUGAUUUCAACAACUAUCGCAUGGUUGUCUCAAUGAAGGACACCCUGUGGCCCUUGUUUGUGCUUGAACCCCCACUGAAGGCCCCAGAGCUGAUGAUUCACGGAGAAGAUUUUAUUGAUUACGAGAGAGUCAUCAAUGGAAGCCCUGCAGCUUAUUAUGAAAAAGGUUUCAAUCCCGAAGAAAAGAAUGUCAUGUUCAAACUUUAAUUUCUGUUUUUUUUUUUGUUUCCUUCAAGAUGAUGACUUCUACACUUUUUAUAGUUGAUGUCUCUUUAGGUUUAAAACAAUAAAAAUUUAAUUAAACACUU